UUCAAACAAUAUCACUGACAAAAACGCGCGACAUCAGCCGUGGUGGCCGCACUCGCGGAAUUAUUAUAAUUACGAGAACUAACUUUUUUUAAUAUUUUGCUACUAUAGAAGUACAGUAGUAGUGUAAAUAUUGUGCAGAUAUUUUAAAUAACGAUUAAAUUGAAGUCCAACUGAACUUUUGGAGUGAUUUUGAAAUUCUCUUGAAGUAACAAUGGGCGAACUUGGAAGGAAGCUUGGACUGGACGAGUUGUCUGGCGGAUCAUCGGGUAUCGUCAAAGCUAUAUUAGCAGAGUUCAUUGGUAACUUGUUACUGAACCUCUUCGGUUGCGGUGCGUGCGUGAACAUAGCUCAAGGCGCGGGCGCAGCGCCUGAUAUUGUUCUCAUAGCACUCGCAUUUGGAUUAUCUGUGUUCGCUAUUGUUUCUGCCAUCGGUCACGUAUCAGGGGGUCAUGUGAACCCGGCUGUGACAGCUGGUCUGGCGUCCGCCGGUCGAGUGAAGCCCGCUCGCGCGGUACUGUACGUGAUUGCGCAGUGCGCGGGCGCGGCGGCCGGCUCUGGCCUGCUGAAGGCUUUCACGCCGGACCGCGCGGCUGGCUCGCUCGGCGUCACCGGACUGGGCACUGACGUCACGCAGCUGCAAGGAUUCGGGAUUGAAUUCUUCCUUGGUUUCGUUCUCGUCUUUGUCGUGUGUGGUGUGUGUGACCCCAACAAACCAGACAGCAAGGCGACCGCGCCCCUCGCGAUAGGCCUGACGGUGACCCUGGGACAUCUGCUGGCCGUGGACUACACAGGCUCCGCUAUGAAUCCCGCUCGUUCCUUUGGAUCCGCAAUCGUUGCCAAUGUUUGGAAUGACCAUUGGGUGUACUGGGCGGGCCCGGUGGCCGGCGGCGUGGCUGCGGCGCUCCUGUACGUGCACGGGUUCUCUGCACCGCCGUCGGAAAACAUCACCCCGCCUCGCUACAGGCCCGUCGCCGGAGACGACAAAGAGUUGAAAAGGUUGGACGGUAAAGGCGAGGACAUGGCCUGAGAGCGAGCGAGACCAGCGCUGCCCGCGCGGGGUAUCUCCGUGCCCAGCGACGUGCUGCUCGCGUCCGCGCCCGCGCCAGCCCCCGCGCCGCCCGCACUGACAACUCGCUACAGAUUAUAUUAAAACAUUUUUAAUCUGUACUACCCAAGCGACAGAAACAAUUACAUUAAGAAAACUACAGCACAGACCCUAAAAGUUAAUUUUUUUUUGUUUAUUUAUUAUCAAAUUGAUUUAUUGAAAGUGAAUGUAAAAUCUCAACAAUGCAAUCAAUUUAUAGUUAACUACUUUCGUCGCUCGGGUCGUUGUUCUAAAUUUUUAUUACGCACUAUAUUUGAGAUUAUUCUAAUUAUUCUCUUACCAAUUUUAUCUUUGAAUUCAAACAUACCAGAUUUAAAUUAACAUUUAUAAAUUUUGUAUUAACUCAGACAAGAGAAACAAAAAAAAUAUCCACCUUGAUAUUAUAGAAUAUAACAUUUGUGUUCAGUCAUGUCAAUUGUACUGCCAACGAAACCAUCCAAAUACUAACUUUAAUAUUUACAUUGCCCAGAUAAGGACAUUUUCUUUCCCCCACUAAUGUAUUUUAUUAAAAA